AUGGGUGGUGUACUGUCCCUGGGCCUGGACGCGGGUGACGCCACCUCGCUGGUGGACGCGCUGGAGGCGCCGCUGGCGGCCGGCGCGGCGGUGGAGCUGGCCCAGGUGGACGCCGUGUGGGACUUGUGGUCCACGCUGGAAUCGACCACGGCUACGGUGGUUUUUCUGGACUCGAGGUGGUGCUGGCAGCUGGCGCAAACGCAUGGCUCCCUGGCGGCCCCCGUGCGCGCCAACCUCCAAGCCCGGAGCCGGGACAGGCCCUUCCGGCACAUGGUUGCGGUGGCGCCUGCCGGAACCGUUCUGUCCGAGGACCUGGCUCAGGCCUGGCAGGAGAUCUUCCAGUGCAGCUUGACCUGGCACUUCAGCUGUGCCGAGGCCCGCCGAUAG